UAUUUAUCUCAAAAUUUUCAUCACUUCAAACUCCACAAAUUCAUCACAUUAAACUCAAAAUUCUGAAGCUCAAUUUGAAUUGAGCUUUGAGUUUCAUUGUUGGAUGCUUGCUUGUAACGUUUCUUCCUCAUUGUUUCAGAGUGAUAUAAUUAAAGAAAGUUCCCUAAGAUGUCAAGUGCUACUACUACUUGUGUAAACCAGAUGUCACUAAGUGAACAACCCUGCCAAGGAGUUGGAUCAAUUCUAGGAACCUUAGGAUGUGAUGAAAAACCAAAAUACCAAAGUAGUGCUAAUUCAUUGAGAAGGACACUUUCAGCUGUUGACAUGUCUUCUAAAGUUGCUGAUCAAGAUGUUGAUCCAAAGAAUGAUUCAGCUCAACAACAACAACCCGGACAACUUGAUAUUUGGAGUUCAGUUCUAACUCAAAAAACAUCAUCUCUUCCACCUCCUUAUAUUCAUCCUCUUGUCAAAAAAUCCAAGAGUUGUUUAUCUCUUAGAAGCCUUGAGAUUUGUACUGAAAACUUAGGUUCUGAAUCCGGAUCUGAUGGUUACCCUCCUUCUAACAUCAGUCUUUCCGAUACUGAAGAAGAACAUGAAGAGAUUAAUGAAGAAGACGAAGCCAUUCAAGAAGUAGUAGUAGAAGAAACCAAUAGACAAGAGCUAGUGAAAGUUGAUAUCAAGGAAGUAGUUGUGAUGAAUUAUAGUAAGAAACCUUCACCACCAUCAGUAGCUCCUAGAUCUUUCCCACCCCCACUGAAAUCACUCUCUAAACCAGGAGUAGGAGAACUUCAAAUGAAAACUCACCGUAAAGAUGGAAGAUUAGUUCUUGAAGCUGUCUCAGUUCCUACUUCUCAAAACUGCUUCAAUUCUCAGCGUCAAGACGGCCGUCUUGUUCUAACUUUCGCUUCACCAAUCUCAAAUUCCAAAUCAUUCGACGACAAUGAAAAAAAUGUUUUUGAAACUUAUGAGGAAGUAGAAUUCGAUAAUAGUCCAGAUAAUGAGAUUGAAGAACCCAUAAUCGAAGAAGAAGAAGAAGAAGAAGAAGAAGAAGAAGAAGAAGAAGAAGAAGAAGAAGAAGAAGAAGAAGAAGAAGAAGAAGAAGAAGAAGAAGAAGAAGAAGAAGAAGACAAGAUUGUGUUGGAAAUGACAAGUGCUAGUAGAGUACUUCCGAAAUUGCUGCCAACUGGAGUGAUGAAUGUUCACAGAUCAGCGGUAAAUAAGUUUAUAGGUCUUACAAACAACACAACUUGGUCAUUAUUGUCUAAGAGUAACAGAUUUGAGAGACCAGUGAUUAAUCUUGGUCAUGAAGUACUACCACAGCCACUUCCAUUAUCAGCACCAACACUAGCUGCAACACCACGACAAACUAUUGCGGCGGAAGCGGUUGAAGGUUCAUGUUUCAACAGGUAUGAGUACUGCUGGCGAAAGGAGACAUCCUCAAUCGGUGGAAUUUGUGAUUCACUUAACCAACAAUCACUGACCAACACCAACAAAAAUACUUACUACUACAACAACAACAGCAAUAAUCUCUUAACCAGCGGUAAGAAUAAUUACUAUAUUAACAAUAAUAAUAACAGUAAUAAUCUCUUCGUUAAGGAUUCAAUAACAACAACAACAAAAGGAGGAAUGAAAGAUUAUAAGGAGUUGGAGAAACAAAAUCUGGCCGAACAUUUAAUAAUACUUCCAGCUUACUGCAAACCAGAACCAAGGAGAUCUCUGGUCAAAUUUUGGGAACCACAGUGCAUUGCCACAUCUUAAUAAUUCAUCAAAAUAAUUUUCAUAUAUUCAUCACUGUUAAUUAUAGAUAUUUCCUUCAUAUUGUUGAGUAUAUGCGUAAUAAUAACAUUUUACUACUAGUACUUAUAUGAUGCAAGAGUAUAUAUGUAUAUGGUCUGCUUCUAUGUAAUAAUAUACAGCCUGGUGGGUGUCAAACAUUGUUAUGAAAUAACAAAGGGAGCACUGUAAUUUGUGAAUGAGAUAUUUAAUUUAAGAAAAAUAAAAAUUAUUAUUAUUAUAUUCAA